AUGGACUUGGAUUUCUGGGCUGCAAGAAAUCAUAGGCUUAGCAAUUCUGGUAGUCGUGUAUAUGGAGAAGACGAAGAAGCCGAUGAAGUGAAAGCGUGGUUUCCUUGUCCAUUCUGUUAUGUGGAAAUCGAACUUUCACUGCUUUGUGUUCAUCUGCAAGAAGAGCAUUGCUUUGACCUGAAAAAUGCGGUUUGUCCCAUAUGUGCUGCUAACUUAGGAAAAGACCCACUCGGCCAUUUCACAAUGCAACAUGCACAAUCGGUUAAGAGGAGAAAAAAGUGUCAAAAGGCUGGAAAUAUUGUAAAGGACUUGAGGGACUUGAGUUCAUUUCUCAGUGCUAAUAAUUCAUUGACUAGUCGAAGCAUUGGGAACGAACCAGCUCACGACACACUCCUUUCGGAUUUUUUACGCAACAUGCCUAUGGAUUCACCUCGGGAAGACAUAUCUUCACGCGUUUUUGCAACAAGUGAUGAAGAAAGCAGACUUUCACCGUUGGACGAGGUUACAGAACAGGAUUUUGAAGAGAAAAUGCGUCGGGCCUUGUUCAUACAAGAUCUUCUUUUGUCGACUAUUUUUUAA